AUGGAGAUAAUUUAUUUGCAAGAAGAUGUGUCUUUGCAAAUGUAUAAAACGGUAUCCACUGAAGAAUUUUGGGCCAAACAAGUCCCAGAAAAAUAUGAAAAUUGCAAGAAACUAGCUAUAAAUUUGGCAACUAUGUUUGGCUCGAUAUACGUGUGUGAAACAUCUUUCUCUAAGAUGAAUUUUUUAAAGAAGAAAUAUCGUUCGAGAUUGACGGACGCCCAUCUAGAAGACACACUUCGAAUUUGCUGUUGCUCUCGAGAACCAAACUAUAAAAAACUGGCUCUCAAGACCGUCGUG